AUGAGAAAGGCCAACCUGUUUCGCCAUGAGUCGGCCUUGCCUCGCAUGUCUUGGUCACCGCGGAACUUGUACAACUUGAUUGCGCGGUCAACCAACAUGCGCCUCGUGGAUGAGUUCAACUUUACCAAGACUAGUAUGACCAUGUAUCAGCAGCGCUGGCGCUCCAAGCGCCUGCUUCGGGGUUAUCACGGCGAUUGGAUUCCAGAGCGUCGCUUCAAGCGCUGGUUUCUGCCAUCAAGCCUGCCUAGCUAUGCUCCAGAGGCUGCGACUUCCUUCAACCCCCGCUGGAAGGGCGACGAGCACGACGAGCACGCCUUGGACACGCCCACACCGCCCAUAAAGAGCCUCUUCUUACGCGACGUGGAGCGGCGUCUAGAUACAGUCGUGUUCCGCUGCUGUUUCGCGCACAGUGUAUACUAUGCACGGUCACUGGUUCUGCAUGGCAAGGUCCAUGUAAACGGAGAAGCUCUUCGCGAACCAGGCUACCUGCUUCAGCCUGGUGACCUCAUUUCCGUGGAGCCAAGCAGUGUGCCUAUGCUGAACGAGCAAGUCGCAAAGCGAGUAAAGGUUGAACAAGAACGCUACGGCCUUAAGAAGACGCCUUCCGAAGAGACGGACUCAGCAUCGGAGCCCACUCCCGCCCAAGAAGAAGCCGCGCCAGAAGUUGAGGCCAAACCAGCAUCUGACAAGGAAUCAGACGCUGUGCCCGAUGAGUCGAAGGAAGAACAGCCACCUAAGGAUACAGAGCCCAAGGAACCAUCAGAUGCUCUGCCAGCCGGUGUGCUGCCCUUCCAUCUCCCACCCUUCGCUGCGCCCUUCCUCUUCAUCCCACCGUACCUGGACGUGAGCUUCCGUACUUGCUCGGCUAUUUACCUUCGUCACCCUACUCUGUCGACAACGGUGCUUCGCUCACGUCACGCUGACAAGCACGGCGGCGCUAGGCAAUAUACCGAGGUUGCCUACCGCAGCGAUAUCCCAUCGCCAUACCCCGCGAAUGCCGACAUGUUUGGUCUGGUUUGGGAGCUGUACGUUCGAAAUGCGCCACGCGUACGUUCAGAUGAGCGCCGGACGAAACUCCUCGGUCGCUUCGGCAGGAAUGGAUUCAUGUCGGCACGGGCCUUUGAACAAGAUCGUCGCCGCGUGGCUAUUCGCCGCGGCUGGGGCAGAAAACGCCCGCUAUCCCUUCCCCAGGCGCCAUCUGUCGAGUCGUCCACGCAACGUACGUCUACAUAG